AGAGGUCGUAUUCUGAUAAUUCAAAGCUCGUUGCAAAACUUGAAAGCAUUAAUCUGUACGUGCAUCAAAAAAUGGCCGGGGUGGGACGAAACGUUGCGGCUCCGCUGUUGUUCCUGAACCUGGUGAUGUACUUGAUCGUCAUUGGGUUCGCUAGUUGGUGCCUGAACCACUUCAUCAACGGCCAGACUGACCAUCCUGGUUUGGCGGGCAACGGAGCGACGUUCUACUUCCUGGUGUUUUCCAUCCUCGCCGGCGUCAUCGGCGUGACGUCGAAGCUGUCGGGCGCGUACCAAGUGGCGUGGGCCAUAACGGCAUUAGCCUUCGGGGUGGCUUGCAAAGAGAUACACUUGGGAGGCUACAGAGGAUGGAGGCUGAGGGUAUUGGAAGCCUUCAUAAUAAUCCUAACCUUCACUCAGCUCUUGUAUGUUAUGCUGCUCCACGCCGGCAUGUUCAGCACAAAGUACGGGCCCGGGCACAGGGACCCGGAGUACGCCGGACCCGGCACUGGCGAGGCGGUCCCCAAGGGCACAGCCAGGGUUUAGUGUUUCUCGAUGAUGAUGAUGAUGAUGAUAUAGAGUGCGUAUAAAUAAGAUGACGGUUUCUUGAUUACUGUUUUAGUUUUGUUGCGAGAGACUUGUGUGUUGAGAGUGUAGGGUUCAUUUUGUUGGGCUUGAGUUUGUAAGUACAUGAUGUUGUUAACUACUUUAAUGGUUGGGGGCCUUUUGGUUAGCAAUUGUACUGAUAACCAAAUGU